AAUUUCAAACCAUGUGAAUUUCAAGAAGUACGUGGACCACCUUCGAGACAUGAGAAACGGAGGAGAGUGACGGCGAUGGAGCUCGCCGUCGCCGCCGCCGCCGUCCCCGUCCACCGUUUCGCCCCUCGAGCCUCGACGCGCGAGAGGCCGCCCGUCCGCCUCGUCGGCUCCGGCCGCCGUCCCGCGGCGAGCGGCCGUCCCCGGAGAAGGCCGCCGCGCCUCUCCGCGACCUCCCGUUGCUCGGCGUCCGGCGCCGGUUCUCACUUCGCGGUCGAGGACGAUCUCGGCGCCUUGUUGCAGGUUCUUCCAAGCGACUUGCGUGAUGACUUGAUGAGUGAACCUGGUCGAUCUCAACUCGUAGAGGUGAUACUAGAUUUGGGCCGUUUGCCUGAAGCACGUUAUCAAGGUGAAAUUGGUGGAAAAUACUUGAGGCAAACUGAGGUUACAAUGAAAGAUUUGGAGAUUGCGCUAGAUGCUGUUGGAGAAUUUAUAGACAAUAGAGCUGGCAUGGCAGGUACCUUGCAUAGGAUAUCUGCCAUCAAGAACAGGGAGGGGGCCGUGGUUGGUUUAACAUGCCGAGUUGGCAGGGCAGUCAUUGGUCAUGGUGACAUGGUCUAUGAUUUACUUCGAUACGGGAAGAGCAUCCUGUUUGUUGGAAGGCCAGGUGUUGGUAAGACAACUGCAAUGCGAGAUCUAGCUCGUGUGUUGUCUGAUGAACUUUGCAAAAGAGUGGUGAUUGUCGAUACAAGCAAUGAAAUAGGUGGAUAUGGAGAUGUACCACAUGCAGCUAUAGGAAGUGCCCGAAGAUUGCAGGUUCCAGAACCAUUAUUGCAGCACAAGGUCAUGAUCGAGGCGGUGGAGAAUCACAUGCCUGAAGUGAUCAUAGUUGAUGAAAUUAGCACUAAGGCCGAAGCUUUUGCUUGUCAGUCAAUCGCUGAAAGAGGUGUCAUGCUUAUUGGGACAGCACAUGGUGAAACACUUAAGAACAUGCUAAAGAACCCUAAUAUUUCUGACCUGGUCGGGGGAGUAAGAGCUGUUACUUUAGGCGAUGAUGAAGCUCGACUAAGGAGAUCUCGAAAGAUUGUUCUUGAGAGAAAAGCUCCUCCAACAUUUCCUUUCGUGGUAGAGAUGAGGAACAGGUGCUAUUGGGUGAUGCAUCGGACAGAAAAGAGCGUGGAUAUGUUGCUUCAUGGUAAAUUGCCUCUUGUUGAGAUCAGGAGGCGAGAUGACCAGUUCAAGGUUGUGAUAGAGAGGUGGAAGACAUGCCAUGAAUAAUAUAUGUGAAUAAUUUUUCCCCUUUUAUUUGUUAAUUUCUCGAGACAAACUCCGCCUCUUCAUCCAGCUAUUUUUAAGCAUAUCUUUGUGCUAGGAUGUGAGUUCCGACCAAUACGCAAUUACAUUUUUUGAAAAGAAAACACGCCCGAAAUGGUUAUGCAGUGUCCCGUUCUGCCAA